AUGUCAGUCAGAAUGCAGCUUCCGUCUGGUGUAGUUGGGCCAGACGUACUCGAGAUAGUUUCUGAAGUCAUAUCCUUGACUUGUAUCACAGUCCUCGGUGUCGCAAUGGGCUCAAAAACGUAUGGAGAGCAGAUAAAGACAGUGAACUAUGGGCGAGUCCUGGUCAUUCUGUUGUAUUUCCUCUCCUGGGCAUUUGCAACCACAUCAGUAGUCCUGGUAUCUACGAACAACAAUAACAUGAUUUCUUGUACAUUGGCUAUGCUCACAUGCGAUAUCUUUUAUGCUGGCAGUAAAGUGGCAAUCUAUGCAUGGUUAGUAGAGAGAGUUCAUCUAGUAACAGCCGUAAAGACAACACGUCUCAAGACAUGUGAAUACAGAGUCCAUGUAUUACUGCUGUGUCCAUAUAUAAUCAUCUUUGCUCUUAUGCUUGCAUACAGAAAUAUCUAUCUUGAGCCAGAUGGUAAAUGUACCAUUGGAUUACAACCGGUUGCCAGUGUUCCAUUACUGUUAUUUAACCUUUAUUUGACCUGGCUGUUUAUGAGACCGUUGAUGAACGUUGGUCGUAAUUCGCGCAUGGACUGGCGAAGAUCGAGACUGUACAAACUGGCCCGUCGUACACUUGUAGCCUCUCUGGUAUCUCUCUUGGUGUCCUUUGCCAAUGUGUUGGUUGUUGUGAUUACUCAAGGUCAUGAAAGAGGACUAGUGUGUUUGACCAUGUGCACGGUUGAUGUAACUGUAAAUGUUGUUACAGUACAUUGGGUAACCACAUCUACUUCUCGUAAGAACAAGGAUCCUCGACAAAAGGCUGUCAAUAGGGCUGACAAUACAGCUACGGAAAUAAUGACCUUUGAUACUGGAGAGCCAGGAACAAAGUCUCAAAAGAUCAUCAAGAAUUCUUCACCCAUGCCACAUAUUGAUAGUCUUUCUUACGACAAUGACAGUGACAGUGGACGAUCGAUCCAGACAUCAAACACUAGUGCAAAACCCCUUCACCGAUACUGAUCUAUUAUAAAAGAUUAAAUAGAGAGAAAAGAAAAUCUAUAUAUGAAUAUAAUCAUGAUUGUGAUUUCUCUCUAUCUAUUGAUCUAUUGAUCUCUUUUCUAUAAUAAUUAUAUAUUUAAUUUAA